ACUUCCGGAGAGGAGCGGGAGGGGGAGGCGGCGCCGCGCGGGGAGCCGGGCCGUGUCCGUCUGUUUGUCUGUCUGUCCGUGGAGCUCCGCCAGGGCUGCUGGGGCAUCCGCCCGCUCCGUGUCAGGCGCUGUCCGUCCGUCCCUGGGUCUCAGGCUCGGCUCGGGUCUGUCUGUCCUUCCGUCCCUGGGUCUCAGGCUCGGGUCCGUCUGUCUGUCCCUGGGUCUCAGGCUCGGGUCUGUCUGUCCGUCCCUGGGUCUCAGGCUCGGCUCGGGUCUGUCUGUCUGUCCCUGGGUCUCAGGCUCGGCUCGGGUCUGUCUGUCUGUCCCUGGGUCUCAGGCUGUCCGUGUGUCUUGGGUGCUGGUUGGUGCAGGGCUGAUCCGUGCCUGGGCCCCCCACCCCCACCCCCCGAGGCUGGGAGAGGAGGCAGCAUGUCCGUGGCUGGGCUGAAGAAGCAGUUCUACAAAGCGAGCCAGCUGGUCAGCGAGAAGGUCGGUGGAGCUGAAGGGACCAAGCUUGAUGAUGACUUCAAAGAAAUGGAAAAGAAAGUGGAUGUUACCAGCAAGGCGGUCACAGAAGUAUUAACCAGAACUACAGAAUACCUGCAACCCAACCCAGCUUCCAGAGCCAAGCUAACGAUGCUCAACACCAUGUCGAAGAUCCGAGGGCAGGUGAAAAACCCCGGCUAUCCACAGUCGGAAGGGCUCCUGGGGGAGAGCAUGAUCCGGUAUGGAAAGGAGCUGGGCGAUGAAUCCAAUUUUGGUGACGCACUUCUUGAUGCUGGUGAAGCUAUGAAACGAUUGGCUGAAGUGAAAGACUCGCUGGAUAUUGAAGUCAAACAGAACUUUAUCGAUCCUCUCCAGAACCUGUGCGACAAAGACCUGAAAGAGAUCCAGCAUCAUCUUAAGAAGCUGGAGGGCAGGCGCCUGGACUUUGACUACAAGAAAAAACGUCAGGGGAAGAUCCCGGACGAGGAGCUCCGCCAGGCCCUGGAGAAAUUUGAAGAGUCCAAGGAAAUAGCUGAGACUAGUAUGCACAACCUUCUGGAGACUGACAUUGAGCAAGUGAGCCAACUCUCAGCCCUGGUGGAUGCCCAGGUAGAUUACCACAGACAAGCUGUGCAGAUCCUGGAUGAGCUGGCGGAGAAACUCAAACGCAGAAUGAAGGAGGCCUCUUCACGCCCCAAGCGGGAGUACAAACCUAAACCCAGAGAGACGUACGAUUUUGGAGACACCGACCAAUCCAAUGGAGGCUUUUCUUGCAACCCCACCCCCAAAGUCUCAGCAGCUUCCUCCUCUUUUCGAUCCGACAAGCCAUCCCGGACCCCCAGCAGGAGUAUUUCUCACCUGGACCAGCCCUGCUGCAAGGCGCUCUAUGACUUUGAACCUGAAAAUGACGGCGAGCUGGGCUUUAGGGAGGGUGACAUCAUCACACUGACCAAUCAGAUUGACGAAAACUGGUACGAGGGCAUGAUCAACGGCCAGUCCGGGUUCUUCCCGCUCAACUACGUGGAAGUGCUGGUCCCGCUACCUCAGUGAAACUGCAUCUCCCCCCCACCCCACCCCCCCGGCCCUUCCCCUUCCUCCUCCCCCACCAGAUACAAACUCACGGCGGGGCGAGCCCUGCUCUUCUCCUGCAUUCCAUUUUGUAACUCUACACUAGGCUUCUUUUGCGGGGCGGGGCUGUGAGAACGGGAUGGUGCUCGCUCUGCACGGGCGCUGGAUCGGUGUAAGGGUGGCAGCGGGGAACAAGCCCCAAGGGCUGGGCAGCCCCAUUCAAGUUCUUCCUUCUGGGCCUCGAACUAGGUACUUUCAACCCCACCAGGCUCCUUCCACUUUGUACAAUAAGCCAAAUCGAGCAUCUCCUUGGGUGUCAUUGUCUUUUUUGGGGAAAGCAGGUGAAGUGGGUCAGCCAUGCUGGAAAUCUUGUGAACGUGGGUGCACCAGGUGUCCUGCCCACGGGCAAGCGCGAGGAGCCCCAUGCAAGGCUGAGCACUGGGCAACUCCAAUGAGAACCGCCAGUGUGUGUUGGGAGGGGGAGAGAAAGGGGCCACGCAGCCUGUUCUAGGGGGGGUUCUAGACAUCAAACAGCAAGAAAAAUACCUUGCACAGCUUCGCUUGGGUGGGGUUGGCUUCUACUGAACACUACCUGCCCCCUCGCUCUCCUUGUAGGAGAGGGCACAUCGGUGAGGGGUGAAGGUCAGACACUGACCCGUCCUCCCGGUUUGCCCGCAGUUCACACCUAUCCUAACACUGAAGCUGGGUGCUACGGGGGCUGUGAUGGAUCAAAUUUCUCUGUGCUGCUGAGGGAGGCAGAAGUAUGGCUGCUUCAUGUCCUGCUGCCUUUGUGGGCCUCCCCUGCUCACCCAUCCUGCUCCUGUGUAAGGACAGGGCUUAGAUGAGGGAUUGUAUGUCAGAGGAACACUACUAAGGAGCUUGAAAACACUAUACCCCCCCCCCCUUGUUGUCACCCCUCGGUUCCACCUCUUGCUUUCUGUGCGCUCAGCUUUGUGUUGGGCUGUGUACCUCCUCCAAUGGCCAGGGUCAGCCCAGAGUGUGUCUGGCAUCUGCAUUGUUCAAUGGCCACCAGCCUUGAGACUCCACCUCUGACCACAGAGAACUGGUUUGAACUGGGAGAGAUGAAUUGGUUCUGCUGCUUCCCCUUGGAAGAAGCUGGUUUGGCCGGGAAGGACUGUACCAGUGGCUCUCGUAUAGAUGAGAGAGGUCAUGGGAAGGCAGCUACUUAGCCCGUAGCGCACGGGCACAAACCAACAUGCCCUUAUCUUCCCCUUCUGCUCAAGUGGUUUUCCCAUCCCAUGAAAGCUCUAGAAAUCCCGGUAAGGCUGAGGCCAAGGUGAAACUGCCUGGCUUGAUCUAGUCUUUAUGUGCCUUCCCCAGCUCCCUUCACCCCCCGGCUCUUUGGAACCUAGGAGCUGCUUGUCUUGGUGUGAUGGGAGAAGGCCUUGCUGUGUUCCUAGACCUUCUAACUCAGGGCCUGUUGUUUUAUCUCCUGGAAAGGACAUCCAGGGGGAAGCUGUGGGCUCUCCUCUUCUCAUGCCCUUUCUUAGGACCUCCUUGCAAUACUUCUCUCCUGCCUGAUGCCCAGCAGCUCGGUUCUAGCAGUGGUGGUGAGCUGUUCCCUGAGCAGGUGGCGAGAAGCAGCCGCUUGGCAGGGGGACUUGGUAGUUAGGCAGAAUGUGAGGUGGUAUCUGCUGGGGCCUGGCGUUGUCUGUUUAGGUGGAAUCACAAGGGGACUCUCUUCUGCCCCUCAGUAUGUAAAUAUGCUUCCAUCACAGCACCCAUCCCGUUGCUGGCAAUGGGACACAGCGCAACCUAUGAGGGGCAUCAAUGGCUCCUGUAGCUGCCCCACAUCUCCCAGCUGCAUCCAGCAUAGAUGGGCUUGAAGCCAAGAGAAGCUCUGCCUGGAGAGACUCCCUCUCACCCCUGGAGCUGCUGAGGUUUACUGCACUUUCUCUGAACCGCAGCACAAGGGAGAUGCUGCUUCCAAGGGCAACUCGCAGGGGGCGUCUAAAGCCACAUCUUGCAGAAUGUACCUACCCCGCUUUCCUUAACCCCACCUUUGCUGAGAGGGAGCUGAAGCACAAGGGACUGAAGUUGGUGACGGUUGCCCCCGUGGUGCCACUGUUGCAGCCCGGGCAUUCUGUGCCCACAGCCCACAUCACCCUCAAACCAGGGCUUGGUGUCUUCCUGCCUUAGCAGGGCCUGGCACAGCACAGCUGUAACACUGGCCCCAUGGCUCUCCUGUCAUCAGCCCCAGCAUUGCCUCAGUGUCUGUAUUUUUUUAAUAGCAAACAAAUCUCUGCUGGCAGGUGGGGGGUUUCGGCCUGUCGCUAUGUAAUCGUCUCAUGCUGCAGUGCUUUCCUCUACCUUUUUCGCUAGCCAGAUUCAGUGUCCUGUUACAUAUACAAACAGAACCUUUUUAACUUUUUUAACCAUGCAUGUUGAUGUACGUUUAUUACUCCCGUCAAUAUUGUCACUGACCCAACUCCCAGCAGAGGCCAAGGCUUGCAGGCGCUUUAUUCAGAGCUGGCUCAUACAGCCACCCAGGCUCCCUGGUUGUGCAGCUGGUAGCCUUCAGGGGCCCAAUCCUGCUUUCACUAAGCCAGCCGGAGUAGGGACCAGCCUCAGGUUUGGAGCUGCUGGGCAGACUCAGUUCUCCCCCAUCUGUUAUGGUGGAUAUGCCCUAAGAGCUGAUUAGUAUUUUCUGAGGUUGUAGCUUCUAACUUUCUCCUUUGAAACCCAUGGCCUGGCCGCUUCGUGUCUUUGGUAUGGUCCAGCAAACAUUCAGUUGGAUUGAAAUAAGUCUUCAAGAUGGGACAAUUUAAUAGAACUUUUGUUAUGGUUCCUCCUGGUUUUAGGGAGGAAAACCAACCCAUCUUGACUUGUAAUCGCUAAAUAAAAGUAUUAAAUGUUUUCUUUCUAAA